GCCGGGCCCUCCCGUCGGCUGCAGCUGUCGCCCCUUUAAGCCGCGUCCUUGUGCGCUCAGGGGAGGCGAAGGCAAGCAGGGGCGCUGCGGGUGUGGCCGCCGCGACUGCAGCAGCGCGAACAAAGGCGAGGGGCGCCCGGUGGCCCGGCUCGGAGCGGCUGUGCUCGGCGUCACCGUCUUGGCCGGCCUGGCCCCCCUUCAUCCACCUCUGGCGGCGGCUCCGAAAGGAAGCGCCAAGCAGGGCGCACGGCCGAUGGGGAGCACGGCGAGAGCGGGGCUCAGGCGGCGGCCCAGCAGCCCGAUGGCUUCGGAGCGAGCGUCGGCCUGGGAAGGGUAGCCCGGGGAUCGAACUGAAGGCGGCUCCGUGCCCGGGACAAGAGUGCGGGUCUCGGCUGCGGGGCCUGUGUUCGGAGCCCCGGCGGUGGAACCCUGGAGAAAAGAGCCCCGCGAGUUCCUCCUCCGCCUAUCGACCAAGGACGCGCUGCCUGCGCCGGGACUGGGGCUUCCAGCGUGGCGCCCCAGCGGCAGGCCCGAGAAGCCGCGGCGAUUCUGCCUCGUAGCUGCUCCAUAUAUGGCUGGGACUGGCCGGCUCCGGAGGCCCCCGCCGCGUUGUCCUCCUCCGCUGCCUUGAGCGCCUCGGGCUGCUGGGCCCUCUCCGCCGCCGGGCCGCCGUCAUGAACUGCCUCCAGACCUCCCAGGACAGCCUGGGAGGGAACGUCUGCGCCAUCGAGGGGCUCCCGCCGCUGCCCAAGGGGCUCAGCGGGAUCCUCAACUCCAGCGGGGGCUCCUGGCGGGAGAUCGAGAAAGUGUACAGCAAGAAGACGCGCAUCCAGGACGACCUGAGCAAGUCCCAGGCCUCGUCGGAAAAACUGCUGCUCCGCAGUAAACCGGCUAACCUCGACUCAGCCCUGGCUGUGCUGCGCAAGGAGAUGGUGGGACUCCGGCAACUGGACAUGUCCCUUUUGUGUCAGCUGUGGUCCUUGUACGAGUCGAUUCAGGAGUACAAAGGUCUCUUUCAGGAUAUGUCCUCCUCGCUUCACUCAGAAGGCAGUCUGGCUGCUGAAAAUGGCUUCUCUGACGAGGAGGAAGACUUUGAGGUGGAUCCAUCUAGCCCAGAUGGGCAUAAGGAGAAUGCCUUGGGUCAGCGACUCCGUCUUCUCCAGCCUCAGAACUCUCGGGACCAGUGGCUGCAGGACUCCUUCCAUAUCACCAUCUGAGGUGGCCUCUGCCACAGAAUUGCCUUUCCCUGUGACGGGGGAGAAACUCUGACAAUACAUUAGGAAUUUUUUUUUGUAGGAUUGGGGAAUGAGGCACGUUAACACGGGCAGUUUGUGGCUGGUUUGGGAACUGCCCCUGAACAUGCUGUAGGGUUUGCACUUAACCAGUAGUAGUUUAGUGUUUUAUUACCACUGGAUAGACCCAGUGGGAUCUCAUUGGAAAUUCUUCUGAGAGAGACAUGAUGUGGGGACAGUUGAGGAGUCGAGUGGGACUCCUUCUGUCUGCGAGGGCAUAGAAUUGUCUAGAGCAGGGGUCCCUGGUGUGGUGUGGUGGGUGCCAUGGCACCUGCCGGUAUCUUUCUUGA